UGUGUCUUGCUGGGACACAGUGGUGGUCUAACCUCUGGUUUGCGGAGCGGUCGGGUGUAUUCUCCGCUCGCCCCCGCGCCUUCGAGGCCCCCGCCGCCCGACCCAACGGCGGAGCCAGCCAGUGGUUCCCGGGGCGCCCUCCCGCACCGAUCCCUCCUCGCUGGGGCGGGACCUGGCCCGACGGCUCCGGUCACUAUGAGUGAAGCAUCUUUCAACCUAAUAUCAGAAAAAUGUGACAUUCUAUCAAUUCUUCGGGAUCAUCCUGAAAACAGGAUUUACCAGAGGAAAAUCCAGGAGCUCAGCAAAAGGUUCACUGCGAUCCGCAAGACCAAGGGGGACGGGAACUGCUUCUACCGGGCCUUGGGCUACUCCUACCUGGAAUCUCUGCUGGGGAAGAGCAGGGAGAUACUCAAGUUCAAAGAGCGGGUACUGCAGACCCCAAACGACCUUCUGGCUGCUGGCUUCGAGGAGCACAAGUUCCAAAACUUCUUUAAUGCUUUUUACAGCGUGGUAGAGCUCGUGGAGAAGGACAGCUCCGUGUCCAGCCUGCUGAAGGUGUUCAACGACCAGAGCUCCUCGGACCGCAUCGUGCAGUUCCUGCGCCUGCUCACAUCAGCCUUCAUCAGGAACCGCGCCGACUUCUUCCGACAUUUCAUCGACGAGGAGAUGGACAUCAGAGACUUCUGCACUCAUGAAGUGGAGCCCAUGGCCAUGGAGUGUGACCACAUCCAGAUCACGGCCCUGUCCCAGGCACUGAACAUUGCCCUGCAGGUGGAAUAUGUGGACGAAAUGGACACGGCCCUGAACCACCACGUGUUCCCCGAGGCUGCCAUCCCUUCCGUUUACCUGCUCUAUAAAACAUCCCACUACAACAUCCUUUAUGCAGCCGAUAAACGUUGAUAAAUCUUAGGCCGUGUAGUGGAGCCUGUCACCUAACGGGACUGCAUUCUGAAUGGAACAUUACGGCUUUUCAAUUUUUUUAAGUGAUUUCGACUAUAGUUAGAAAAUGUGCAGCCUUUUGGGCAAAGUCACUGGGAAUAAGGCCUACUCACUACGGACUGGUGGUAACUUGGCGAUAUUUUUAAUAUUUAUCUUCAUGGAGGAUCAAAUGUUUUCCAACCCUGGGCUAGGAAGCCGUAUGCCCCGGCUCUACCCCAGUUCUGAGACCUUGCAUAGGUCACCUCCUCUCUCUGGGCCCAAUUCUUCAUCUGGAGGUUCCUGCCAGUGUUGACAUGCCAGUGUUGUAUAAAAAUGGGGUCCUCUGGUUUAUUUCCACCAGGGGCAGUGCCUCUCUGUAGGGGAAGAAAAGCUCAAGAUCAUCUGUCUUCAGUGACUUACCAGUUCUAUAAAAAAUCAAGUCCAGUCAGCUGUUGGACUGGACUUUGGUGCACGGUGAAUUGAGGCCAAUUUGAAUGCGAGGGCUUCAGUGUACUUCCAAGCAUUCAUGACAGUGUUUUCUUACCCCUAACUUGAGGAAAAAGAUACUUUUAUGCCAAAGUCUAGAAAGAGGCCUGUAGCCAUCAGCAUGAAGCCCAAGUUGUUGGGCCCCUCUAUCUCCCUCAGGGCCAGGACUGCCUGCCUUCUGGUGGGCAGCCCUGCAGGGUUCUGCCGCCAGCGCCACCUGGACAGACACUGAGAAAGGUUAGGGUCUGGGACCAAGAAGGUGUGUCAUCGUCCCCAACACAUCCUGGAAGUAGAAUAUGGAUUCUCAGCCAGGUGGAGACAUCGAUCAGCACAUGCAGCCGUAGACUCCAGCUGAGCAGAACAGACAAGUUUUUUUUGAGGCUGUCUUUGGCUUCCUUUCCCCUUUCCCCCGCUUCUGUUUGGCUCAUGGGCUGGCUAGAGGUUAGGUGAGAAAGAACAGAGAUAAGCCGAGGAGACUGGCAGUGGGGGAGAUCACCACUGGGGAAACUGCCUGGUAGCCAAGAGCCCUGGCUCUUGCCAGUCUCCUUGUUCAUCCACCUGGACAUGCCCCUUGAUAACCUCCUCACCUUGCUGCCUCAGGAUCUCGAGGAGCCCUGGCUGGGCUGGGGCACUGCCAGCAAGCUCUCUUCCUCUCUGGGAAGAAAUGGAGAAUGCAGGGGUGUGGAAUUGCCUUCCUUAAUCGAAGGCCUCACAGGUUCCAUUCUGCAGGGAUUUAUUAGAAUCUAUUGGUGCUGCAGUGCCAGACUGUGGUGUCUGCCGACAGCCAAACUGUGCACCUGGAGGACUGGGUAACAAACUGCUCCCAGUCCUUGUAUACAAAUGUCAGAUGUGUAUCAGUCUUCCGCCUUUGUGAAAACUGAUGUCAGGGUGCUUUUAAUCCCAGGCAGGGACCCAGGUUCCCAUACUGCCCUUGGCUGGAAUUUGGACCCCAAGGGCUCAAGCUAAGUGACUGUCACUUUUUCACAGGAAUGUAAAGCUGACCAUGAUCUCUGGAUUGGUUCAGUGGUUCCACCUUGCUCUGGGUAGGAGUGCUGUGACAAGUACACUGUAAGAGUCGGGUAACAUGUUACAUGAUUUGUGAGUAUCACGAUCCCCGUUUCCAAACUGAAGGACACUGGGCUGAAUCUUGGCUGCUCUGAGCAGUUGUGAGAUGGGUCCUGGACCUCCAGCUGGGCUCUCAAGCACAGUAUAAUCAGCACUGGCUGCCACUUAACUGCAUCUGUAGCUCGUGUAGCAUUCACAAAAGCAAAGCUUUCUCUUCGGCAGACAGGCUGGAGAACUUCCCUCUGAGGUGCGUCUGCGCUGUGUUUCCAGGCCUGAGAGGCUGCCGGUGUUCAUGUGGGACCCUCUUCCCAGGAGACAGCCUAUCAAUUUAGAAUCAGAAUGCCCAAGAGAGGCAGGCUGUUUUCAUGACCUUGCUCUCUGCUCUCCCAUUUUUCAUAAAACCAUUGGCCAAAUCCAAACCACUGCUCUCUUCCCUUCACAUCUGCCCUCAGAUCUUGCCUCUGAAGGGAGAGCACUGUGGAGGAAAGGAGUGGCAGAAUUCAGAGACGCUUUAAGUAACAAAUGUAAAACCCCAUCAUCCGCGGACACUACCCUGCUUGUGUACGGCGGCCAGCCACGCCAGCAAUCACACUUCCGGGGCAAUUCUUCACCCACCCCACAAAGCCUUCUCUUUGCAGACCAUAAGCUGGAAGGAAGGUUGCUUUCAGAGUUUGCCUUUUACAACUGCACAUGUGUUACCUUCCUUCCAAAGGGAACUUUACAAACCAGUGUGAAUAUUUCGCAACAAAAAAACUGUCCUUGCUUUUGGUUCCUACUUUAAGCACAAAGUGGCUCUGGAGCCAGACUGCCUGGGUUCAGAUCUUCAACUUUGCCACUAACUAGUUAUAUGACCUUGGCCAAGUCACUUCACCUCCUAGUUCCAAUUGCCACAUUAGUGAAAUGGAGACAAUACCAACACAUCACAGAAUUAUCGGUUCAAGUGGAACAAGAUUACAUGUGAAAACAAUCGCAAGACCUGACGCAUAGUGAGCGCCCUACAAAUGGGAUGCUUCCCCCCACGGACCCUUCCGGAUGGGCUGCAGCAGAACACUGCAAGAUGGGAAAACACGCUACCUUGGCAGUGGCACUGUGGUUUCCCAAACAGGGAAGAAGUCUAAGGACCAAACGCAUUCUCGUGCUGAGCGGAAAUAGGGGCAGGGGCUAUGGCUCAGUAAAUGGUUCCCCAGGGGCCCCUGGUCCCGUGGGAUGUAGGCCAGGCCCACAGCUUCCUCGGGCAAUUGGUAAAAACAUUUUCCUAGCAUUAAAAUG